AUGAAGUUCUCCCUCCUCACCCUCGCAUGUCUGUUCUCCGUCGCGCUGGCGGUGGACACUGAAUGCAAGUUAUCCAACGGCGGAGCAGCAGGUGGCCCAGCAUGCGGUUGCAACUCCAACGCCAGCUGCUUCUGCGAGAAGCCAAGCGAUGAUCUCUCUGUCGCGUCCGAGUGCUCGGCCAAUGGCAGUUGCGGAUGUCCUUCGGAUGAGAAUGGUCAUUGCGAUAUGUUGAACGAGCAACCACCACCACCUCCACCGAGGAUGUUCUAG